UUUAUUCGCAAGCCCAAACACAAUUGGGCCAAAAACAGAGUAGUAAAUACUAAAGCCCAACUGCAGUCUCACAAAAGGGCUUCUCAUAUGCUACGACGUCGUUUCGAUGCCGCACCACACUUCCAGUUACCAAAAAGAAACGAAAUAUCGAAACGGAAGUUCAAUUUGCAAGCUUUUGGUUUUGAAGUUGGAUCGCAAGAAAGUGAAGAAAUCAGAAUCUUUGCUAUGGCUGGAAAAGAGGAAGUGAAACAGCUGGAAGAAUGCUCCGUUUCAAAUGCUUUGGGCACGUGGGUUUUCUCUGUAGCUGGAGCCUUAAUUGCAAUCCCUAUUGGGAUAAAACGCAAGUCUUUGGCCCCACUUGUUUUCUUUGGUACGACGGGCACAAUGCUCGACAUCAUCAUGGGAAUUUCCGCAUGUGAGAGGGAACACGCAGAACGCCAAAUGAAGCUCUUGGAAUCACAAAAUGCUGAUGGAUCUGAUGCAGGCAUUGAAUCUUGAACGCCACAGUAUUAUCAAACGUUUUUUUGGGACUCGAUCUUGUUGAUUUGCGCCGUUGAUUUUUGGAUUGUAAAUUUUGGGUUUGGGAUUUCGGUUUGCUGUUUCUGAUGUUUUGAAUAAUGGAUCUGUGUGUUUUGCACUUUAUGCAAGUUGGUUAUACUUCUUUGGUCUUUUUGGCCUUUGGGACUAGAGUUUUGUUUUGCCAACCUAGAAACGAAGGGAACAUUUUGAAUUUUGCAACACAAAUAAAAUUAAUGGGAAAUGAAUUGAAAUUGUUAUACUACGGUCCCGUUACGGUACCAUCCCGUCAAGUGUUUAAACCGUUGGAUUAUUUGUCUUAUACAAACUACAUGUGAU